UUUUUGAUCAUGUGUACUGUUUUGGAUUGGGAUUGCCAACGUGGUAUUGUACCAGCCACGUAAUAUUAUAUUCUCCUAUAUAAAACCAAAAUGAAUCUAAUCUUGAGCCUGAAAAAAUAUUUAAUCACAAACUUUCGCAAAUAUAAAAGUUUAUUCCUCAAAUUUUAUUCUGUAAUUUCUUUAUACAGUGCCGUCUGCAUUAUGAACAGCUGAUUUUGACAUCUUGACAAAAUUUAUGGUUAUGUUUACUUUCCUGCUGUGAGCUGUAUUUUGAUUUGAUGGAUGUCUUGAAUUUUGAAAUGGUAAAAAGUAAUUACAUUUUACCAUACUUCUGACAAGUUGAUAAAAAACUUCAUGUGUUUUAUCAGGUUAUGAUUUGAGUUUCAUUGAGUCUGAUAACAAUUGUUCUGGAGAAAAUCUUCUGAAAAUGUCAACUACCUCCAAACUUCCAAUUGAAACACCUAAGAAUAUCUCCAAGCUCUAUAUAGAAAAAAUCAAGCGUGAGGAAGACGAAGACCAGUGGAUCUCUGGAGAGGAGCUGAACACGGACGGUAGCAGUGAUGAGGAGGAGAAAGGUCGCGAAGGGUCGAGGGGCAAGAGGCAAGGUCACCGGGGAGGGGCACGACCCAAGGUGCCGCCCCUUGCGGCCCCCAAGGAGGGUGCCGCCUCCGAGUCAGCCGACGAACCGCCCCUCAAUAUCUCGUGGAAGCCCAAACGGGGCAGUAUCCGUCUACCGCAUGUCAUCUCUGAUACCGAAAUCAACCCCAAAGACACUACUUCCCAAGUUCCCAAAGAAUGAAAAAUGUCCUCAAUAAUAACCGAAUACAAAACUCUCAAAUCUAUCACUGAAUGAUAACCAAUCUUAAAAAUAUUAAAUAUUGGUGAUAUCUUGAAGAUUUGCAUUGUGGCAAUUUGGGCAAUCUUGAAGAACCUCAAACUUAUUUCUGAAUGAUAACCAAUUUAUAAAAAUCUCAAACUGAUUGUUCACUGUUGGUUAUCAUGGUAUGAAAUUUGGGCUCUUGUCACUUGGUAUAAAUCAAUGAACAAUGAUAAUCUGCAAUUAGAAUAUUCAGAUUAACUACUAGUCCUCAAUGAUAACCGAAUUCAAAAUCUUAACUAAUUUCUGAAUAAUAACCAAUUUAGAAAAGUCUCAAACUGAUUGUCCACUGUUGGUUUUCAAGGUGUGAAAUUUGGGCUCUUGUCACUUGGGAUAAAGUAAUGAAGAAUGAUAAUCUGCAAUUAAAAUAUGCAGGUUAAUUCCGAUAGAGAUCAAACCUGGAUCAAAAUCCAGUGGUGCCACCAAUAUUUUGUUUAUAUUGUAGGAUGAUGUUUGGCCUAAAUAUGUACUUACCUCAAAAAUUGAACAGAACUUGUCUGAGAAUGUAUGGCCUAAAUGAAUUACCAUUACCAUUUGUAGUGUAUUCAACAUUAGGGAUAGUAAUUUUAUAUGUUUAGAAUUUUAAUGAGAAAUUGCAUUUUAUCAUAGGCUAAUGAAUGUGAGAUAAUUAUUAAACAAAAUUUCAGUUAUUAUCAUCGAUUAUUUCCCUUCUAGCUGUUCACUCUAUUGUCAGUACUGUAUUUGCAGUAGCAGAAGGUUGACCGCUUUCAAUUUGGAAUUCCGUUACCAAUUAUUUUGUAAUUUUGAACUAUGCAGAAUGUACUCUAGAUAAUAUAAUAUUUUAUACUUGCUUCACUAUCCGCUCAAGAAUCUGCAAAUAAUAUUGAAGGACUUUUCCUCUGAAAUAAUUCGACAAAUCCAAAGUUGAAUGAGAAACAACUAGUUUUAGAAAACACUUAUUGGAAGGUGUUACUUUGCAAUAAGCUUGAUUCUUAAAGCAAUUGGAAAUGAAAAUAUAGUACUUUAUUUUAUUAUACAGUAUUCUAAUGGAUAGAAUAAUUAUUUCAUAGUCGAUAUUAUAGGAGAUUGAUUGUUACGAUUUAUUGAAUAUUUACCACAAAAAUUAGCAUUCGAGGAUUAUCUCCAAUAUGCUUGAUGUCUUGAAAAAAAAAUCCAAAAAGAACAACAUUUUGAGUGAGGGUCAGAGUGAUCUAGGCAAGCACCUAAUUGAAGUAGUAAAGUUAUAACUUUUCACUUCUGUCAAGCUUCUAAGGAUUUAUAUAAGCUUCAGUUAGUUUACUUCUUAAAAUGUAUGUAUUCAGAAUGUAUGUGUUUUUAAUCUGUUAUUUUAUUUUUAAAACUUUUCAAAAAAGGUACUAUGAUGUUAUUUUAUAAAGCUUCAGUUAAAUAAAUAAUACUCAACCAAUAUUGAACUUUGCAGUAAGCCUCAGUUAUCUCAACUGUUUCUUGUAGAAAACACCUAUGAUGAAAAAUGGCUCAAAGUUAUGCUCAUAUAAUAUGUCCGGGACAUGCUUGAGUAGGCCUACCUAAUUUCUUGAUUAUUGAUGCGUGGAUAACAUUUUCAUGCAAUUGAUACAGUAUUUUUA